AUAGGCGUCGGACCCCGAAUAGUGGCAUACACACUUGAAGCUUCGAAGGAUCAACAGUACAAAGUCUAACAGUACAACAUGUCUAAGUUCACUUGCUUGCUUCUGUGCGUCGUGGCUGUCAGCUUGAGCAAAGUUCACGCUACUGAAGAAGAGAAGGAGGCUAUCCGUGAGGCAGUGAGGCCCAUUAUGCAAGCAUGCGGUAAGGAGCACGGAGUUACCCUGGAUGACUUGAAGGCCGCUAAGGCUGCACACAGCGCUGACGGCAUCAAGCCCUGCUUCCAGAGCUGUGUCUACAAGAAAGCUGGCAUUUUCAACGACAACGGUGAAUACGACAUCGUCAACGCUAAGACCAAGCUUCAGAAAUUCGUGACUAAUGAUGAGGAGUACGCCAGGAUUGCUGCCGUUGGCAAGACAUGCGCUUCAGUCAAUGACAAGGCUGUGAGCGAUGGCACCGCUGGGUGCGACAGGGCCGCACUUUUGACAGCUUGCUUCUUGGAGCACAGGGCUGAGAUCAUCAUCUAAAUGCCUCAGCGAGAUAACUACCACGCAGCCAUCAAUCUCUGUUCCUAUGUAUUAAGUUCAAUAAAUCCGUUUUAAUUU